GAUGUAUUCCAUUUUACUAAAAGAAUACAUAAAUACAUUGAACAAAAUAAACAUUUAUUUACAUAAACACCAUCUUACCCCCAUUAGGUCCACCUCAUUCCCAUGUUCUGCAUUAGUAAUUUACUGAAAUAGCCACUAAGAAUAAACGAGGAUGAUCCACUUUUUGGGCCUUUAAUAGCCUCGCUGCACGACGAUGACUGAAAUACGCCAAAAACUGGUAGUGAACAACAGCACUUAUAGCAAUCACUCCUGAUUUAAAACUGCAUUAUUACCUAGUGUAUAUAUAAUCAACAGAAGACACAAACAACACAGAUUUCCCAAAGGAUAGCUCUACAGUGGCUCAAAAUUAAUUUCACGAGUCAUGAAUAAUUUAACUGCGAGCCAUUACUGUUUCUACAGCUCUUUCUUCCCUAAAUGCAAGCCAUGUAAUGUUAUUCCUGACUUUAUGGGACCAAAAAUCAUCACAAUACGGAAUAUUUUUGACAGGCAUGAAAUUGUUUCUACUCCAGCCCUUUUGCGAAGCCUCUCUCCUUUUGUCUUCUUUGACUGGUGGGCACAGAGUCUCGGGCCCUGGUACUGCAGACUAAUGUGCACUUAGGCGUGUUGGGUUUACAAUAGCUAUCAGUGUGCUGGCUCUGUGUGUACCUCCCACGCUCUCAAGUGAAAGGUAACUAGCUGUACGCAUGCACACACACACACACAAAUUUACCAAAUGCUCAAUUUAACUGUGCUGGCUCAGAUUAAAUGAAGCAGAAGCCAUUUUGACUGCUGGAGAAAUUGCGUAGUGACCAGAGGAGCUUAUUAGGACAAUGGAGAAAGACAUCCAUCACCGGAAAGGUUUUAUUCAACCAACCACUGCUGCAAAAAGACUGUCCGUGCAUCAGCGUGGUGUGUGGGAGCGCCAUCCCGGGUGUGGCAAUCGGAGUUGGAGGACACAGCAUGAGUCCAGCCACAGAUGUGUGAGGGAGGUCGGGUCCUGAAGGAUAGUCUGCCUGCUCUGUUUUGCUCGCUAUUAAGGGAGAAGAACAUCGGUUUAUCUGCUCAAGUCGAGGGAACCUGGGCCCUGGAUUAAUGUGUACACGAGCUGGACAAGGGAGGAGAGGAUUCUGGGUUACCUGCAGACUUGGAGCACACGAGUGAACUGGCCUGGAUUGAGCCCGUGGCACGGAGGAUUGGCAUGGCUCAGUCCGGCUUUGUCUCAACAUCAUGACUAUCUGGCCUAAUGGUGAAAAGGAGCCUGUGCUGCAGCUAACCCCUUCUUACAGAGGAACCACAAUAAAACAGCAAAAAAAUCUAAUUUGGGGUUUGCGCUGCUGAGCGCAACGAUUGAAAGAUUUCCACACCCAUCGGGAUUUUUAAUAUUCCCUGAGAUUGCAUGCUUUGUCAAUGAGUGGAGAUGCUUUUUCUGUGGGCUUAUCUGCCAUGGUAAAGGCUUUAAGAGCAUGAGCCCCUGACAACACAGAGGAGGUCAUCGUCCAAACAAGGAUCAGCUCAGCAAACACUGACCAGGUCAGGAUAUCACCAGAAACCCCUUGUACAAACUUUUCUCUUCUGAGAGGAUAAGAGCAAAUUCAAGAGGAAAUCUUGAUUGGAUUUUUGGUGUCUGGAAAGGAUUUACCACGUCUUAUAAAUCAGGGGCCCUUGAGUGAUUAGACUGCCAGACUACACAGCUUCAAGAUGGUGCAUCAAUGGAAGGCCUUUAUCCUCUUCCUCAUCAGGGUCGGACUACUGCUGGGCCUUGCUAACCCACUAGUGACCUCUGCCUCCUGUCCCUCUGCUUGCCGCUGUGAUGGGACCUUCAUCUACUGUAACGACCGUGGCCUGACCUCCAUCCCUACUGGUAUACCCCUGGAUGCUACAGUGCUCUUCCUGCAAAACAAUCGCAUUAAGAGUUCAGGGAUCCCGACAGAACUCCGUAGGCUCUCCAAUGUGGAGAAGAUCUAUCUGUACUGCAACAACCUGGAUGAGUUCCCAACUAAUCUUCCACUUGGGGUCAAAGAGCUCCACCUUCAAGAGAACAACAUCCGGAUGAUCACCCAUGCCUCUUUAGCCCAAAUUCCCUACAUAGAAGAACUGCAUCUGGAUGAUAACUCUGUAUCGGCAGUCAGCAUAGAGGAAGGGGCAUUCAGAGAUAGUAAUCACCUCAGACUGCUUUUUCUCUCCAGAAACCACCUAAGCACCAUCCCGUCUGGCUUACCCAUGACCAUUGAGGAGUUGCGAUUUGAUGACAAUCGUAUCUCCUCUAUCUCAGAGCAGUCACUGCAAGAUCUCAUCAACCUGAAGCGACUGGUCCUGGACGGUAAUCUGCUCAACAACCGUGGGAUUGGGGAGAUGGCUUUCAUCAACCUGAUCAACCUGACUGAGCUCUCGCUAGUGAGGAACUCCCUGACAUCGCCACCAGCCAACCUUCCAGGCACCAGCUUAGAGAAGUUGCAGCUGCAGGAUAAUCACAUUAACCGUGUUCCACCAGGGGCUUUUGCCUUCCUCAGGCAGCUAUAUCGCUUGGACCUUUCUGGCAACAACCUAAGCAGCCUGCCACAAGGAGUUUUUGAAGAUCUGGACAAUCUUACACAACUCCUGCUGCGCAACAACCCCUGGCAAUGCACUUGCAGGAUGAAAUGGGUGCGUGACUGGCUGCGGUCCUUGCCCUCCAAGGUGAAUGUACGUGGCUUCAUGUGCCAGGGUCCUGAUAAGGUCAAAGGCAUGGCCAUUAAAGACCUAUCUACAGAUAUGUUUGACUGUACAGAUGAAGACCUUGGUACAUAUGAGACAAGCACAGUCUCUAACACUUUAUCCCCUUCUUUGCCUCAGUGGCCCUCAUUUGUGACUAGAAGGCCUGUGGUGAAAGGGCCUGACAUAAGUAAAAAUUACCACAGUACAACCACGUCGUCUGGCAGAAAGAUCAUCACCAUCAGUGUGAAGUCGAGCAGUGCAGAUACAGUGCACAUAUCUUGGCGGGUGUCACAGCCCAUGACUGCCCUGCGGCUCAGCUGGUUGAAGCUAGGUCACAGCCCGGCCUUUGGCUCCAUCACUGAGACCAUUGUGCAGGGGGAGAAGACAGAGUACCUGCUUACUGCACUGGAGCCAGAGUCUUCCUAUAGAAUAUGCAUGGUUCCCAUGGAGACCAGCAAUAGUUACCUGUCAGAUGAGACACCCGUUUGCAUAGAAACAGAGACUGGCUCUCACAAAUCAUACAACCCCACCACAACCUUGAACAGAGAGCAGGAGAAAGAGCUUUACAAAAACCCCAGUUUGCCUUUGGCCGCUAUCAUUGGAGGGGCUGUGGCACUUCUGGCAAUAAUCUUGUUGGCGCUGGUGUGCUGGUAUGUCCACAGGAAUGGUUCGCUGUUUUCCAGGAACUGCACCUACAACAAGGGUCGCCGGAGGAAGGAUGACUAUGCUGAGGCUGGCACCAAGAAAGACAACUCCAUCUUAGAAAUAAGGGAGACAUCUUUUCAGAUGAUACCCAUAAACCAUCUUCCUGUGUCCAAGGAGGAGUUUGUGAUACACACAAUUUUCCCACCAAACGGCUUGAGUUUGUACAAAACCCCACACAAUGAGAACAGUAUUAGCAACAGAAGCUACAGAGACAGUGGAAUACCAGAUUCAGACCAUUCCCAUUCAUGAUAGUGCGUGUGGACAUUCAUGAUGAGUGCGUGACUUGAACAGAGUGGCUAGACUUUUACAAAACACUGGAUCUAUCAGACUAAGAAAGCAAUGUUCUGUACAUUUGCCAUAUAAUUUAUAUUUAAGGACAUUUUAUGAAAACGAAGAACGUUCCAAUUGCAGGCUGUCACUGACCUAUCAGUGGGUGUUGUAACUAACUGCAAUUCUAUAUUUUAGGGAUUUGUAGUAAUUUGUACUGUAUUUCCUUUGCUUAAGGUUACCGACCAACUAAAAGAAACUCUGUGUUCUACUGAGAUAUGAUGACUUGUCAACUGUGAAAGUGGGUUUUCAUUGCUGUGUUGAACAAUCAGACUUUAGAAAACCAUGUAGUAUAAGCACAGUUCAUUCUUUUCACUUUGUGGCAGUUGGAAAAACAAAAAGGCAAAAAAAUGACGUGAUAUUAAAUUAGGCACAGCUGACCAACAUAUAGGCAAAGCAGGCAUGUUGCCCUCUUUAAGGAAGAGCAGACGGGAGCUGUCUCCAUGUCCUGAGAGCAAGGAGCUUGCUCUGGCAUUCAACCGGCAUGGAAUAGAAACAAGUAGAGAUGAGGCCCGAUGCCUUAUGUCUCUGCUUGGUUUAGUGCGAGAAUCCUUUAUUUCUGUUUGCAAGAGGCAGGCACACAGCGAAGUCAUCCAUGCAGGGCUCGUGUGUUUCUGGCUUUUGGCUUGUACGCCACAGCACAGGGCAGAUAAAGCACAUCGACCUUUAGGAGCUAUCUGCUCCUCAAAUAUGAGUAGAGUGGACAGGCUGACACAGAGGACCCCCUACUGGCUCUAUUUGUACAAGCCAACAGAGGCCAAACUACAAUGGUGGCAUUCUUCAGUACCGUAUACCAUAGGCCAUUUUAGACGAGAGGCCAAAAAAAGAUCAAAAGUACGUUGGCUUACAUUAGAAUACCACAGUGUCAGCAAUUCCUUGUUUUGAGUAUUAUUUUGUAUUAUUUUGAACACACUUUUAUGUUGCCACAAUUAAAGUUAAUUGUUCUUUACAAUUGAAAACCAAAGUGCAUUGUAUGCCCUUUGGCCAGUCUUGUAUGUGCCUUGAUCCAAUGCUUAUUGUAUUUAGCUUUUUAAGAAAACCAGUGACUUUUUUUCAUACACACUUGAAUAUGAAAAAUAUUGGUCAUAUUGCAGAAUAAAAGUGGAUAAAA